UUCAUCUUUGUUGUGAUUUUGUCGACAUCGGGAAAGUUCUAUUUAAUUCAUGACAAAUGAGUAAUUUUGUUAUCGUCUGACUAACCAUCCAUCUUGGUGAGCGCAUAUUAUGCAGAAACUUUAACAAUUUUUAUAUUUCUCGUAAAAUAAAACUCAAUUAGUUGUUUGAAAAGCUCAUCAAAUUCAAAGUUUCUCUUUAUUUCGAACAAUAUUUUCAUUUCGAAUAUUUUAAAAAAAGAAAACACUACUGUAUUAGUGUUUAAGGGCUUAAAUGGCUGGAUAUCCUCAAGCACCUAAUGGGCAAUUUCUGCCUUCUCCUACAUCUCCCUAUUGCCCCAGAACUCCUCCACCUCAAAGAACAAAUAUACCUCCAGCAGCUAGUUAUGUUCCUCCAUCAACAUCUCCUUAUCCUGUUGGGGGUCUUCAGGGUACUCUGUCCACAGUCACAAAAGAAGUUGGAGGCGUUUUGAAAGGAUUAACUAAAGUUGGUGCUAAAGCAUUAAAUAAAGUCCUAGAUCAUCCAACAUUAGCAAAUAUUAAAAGUGGCAAUGUUGUGUCAUUUAUUUCACGAAUAUCUGGUCAGUCCUUACAGAUUCUUCAAGCUCCAGAUGGACGUCUUGUUCUUGACUGUCUUGGAGGAGAUGGGCAUCAGUUCGUCAAUGCACAUUUUACCAUAGUUCAAGAUCGAGAAGGAUACAUUUUACUUCACAAUAAUUUCAAUUAUUUAGCCAUAAAAGAGGGCACUGUUCAAUUAUACUCAGCUGGUCCCAAUGGUCUUCCUACACCCGAGUGCCGUUUUAAAGUCAGAGAAGUUCUUAUGCAGAACCAAUUUGUUACUGUUGAAAGUGUGUCGGAACGAGGAAGAUAUAUUGCAGUUUUACCUAAUGGUCAAAUGAAAUCUGCUAUUGCUACCACUGGAGCUGAUCAAGAUACUCAUUUUGCAGUUCGACUCAUAUAUAGCCCACAAAGUGCAUUUACUACUAAGUGAAUGGAUCGAUGCUCUAAUUACUACAUCGAACGGAAAUAUCUUCCUGAUUUUUGCAGCUUUGUAGAACUGUGGAAUUGUUCAUUUUACUACUAUGUAACCAUGAGUUAAAUAUGUUUUACUGUUUUAGUAUGAUUCCAUAAAAAAACAGCUCAAUCAUGGCAUUACAACAAAAUAGCAUUCUUAUUUUUAAAUAAUGUAUAAAAUGAAUGCAUAAAAAUACAGCUAUGUGGCCUUUUUUUUCUUUUUUUUUCUUUGGUUCCCAUUAUAUGCAUUAAAGAAAAGACCCACAUUGUCUCUGGGAACAUGCAUUCGAAAGUUACAUACAUAACUAAAAAGCAAAACAUACAUAACUAAAAGUUUUGAGUUUCAGUUUUUUCACGCAUUCAAGACAAAAUGCCUGUUUAUGAUAUUGUUAUAAUAAGCUUUCCAUUUUUCUGACAGUUAAAAGAGUUAUUGUUUGUAUUUUGUUUUGAAAGUUUAUAUCAAGCUUUAUUCUUUAUUAAAGCUGCUAUUUUUCUACGGAAAGGUGCUGUUAUACAUGCCCCCUACUGACCAACCACGAAUUGCAUGAAAUUUUCAAACGUCCAGAUAAGACAAAUCUAUGUGAAUAAGGGGGGAAAGUAAAAAUUUGAUACGCGUAUUUCGCUCAUUUAAAAGAGACUAUGCUUCUGCAAAAGCUGACAUCGGUAAAAAAUAAUAGAUUCGUCCAUUUUUGGCUGUAAAACGGAUGUUUGUCUUUCCAUACAAUCCUUGGUCAGACAGUAUGGGCACUGUUUCUCUCAGGCAAUAACAAAGAACAACAUUUUUUUGUUGUUGUUUUUAUUUGCCGGAUGUUCUGAAGCUGAAAAGUGCUAGUAUACUAUGAGAACAAAUAAUGCAGUCUGAAUUAGAGAUAUGAAGGGCUCGGAAAUGUGACAAGCCACAAGGAGCGGCUUUUUGAUCAAAAGUUUUGUUAAAAAUUGAAACUUAAAAGAAAGACUAAAGAAUUGACUAAAAUAUAAAUAAACAUGACAGUGGAUUAUAUCAUUUGGAGAAAAACACAGCUGGUUUUAGUAUUGCAGAAUAUAGAAUGUAUAAUAACUUUGAAAAUUUCUACAAAGGUUUUUAUAAGUUGGAAAUGGGCCUACUGAAAAAUUCACAUCAUGUGGCAGAUCACAUUCUUGUCCUGAGC